AUGUGCACAUCCCGUGGCAUUUAAAACGAAAUUACAAGUCUUCUGGGGGCGAAGCGGAAAACUUUUAACGAAUUCAAACGACAUCGUACCACCGAAGAAAUACUACGUCCCAUAACUGCACCAACUCCGAGGAGCUGUUGAAAACCCUAAGCUGAAUUUGCAGAUCCACGAAACAAGAAAUUUCACUUCAGUCGGUAGAGAUCAAUUAGAUCGAAAUGGCGAUGGCUGCUUUGAGGCGCGAGGGAAGGCGUUUCGCUGCUCCUAUCAUCUCCCCACAACCUCUCAACCCCUUCCGUUCCUCAAUCUCCUCUGCUGAGGAUCAGGCUUUUCUGGGAGUUCGUUCUAUUUCAACUCAAAUUGUCCGUAACCGUAUGAAGAGUGUUAAGAAUAUUCAGAAAAUUACGAAGGCAAUGAAGAUGGUUGCUGCGUCAAAGCUACGAGCAAUUCAGACUAGAGCUGAAAAUUCACGUGGCCUAUGGCAGCCAUUCACUGCUCUUCUUGGUGACACUCCAAGUGUUGAUGUCAAGAAGAAUGUUAUCGUUACAAUUUCUUCUGAUAAAGGUCUUUGUGGUGGGAUUAAUUCUACUUCUGUCAAGAUAAGCAGGGCACUUCAUAAAUUAAAUUCUGGCCCUGAAAAGGAAAGUAAAUACGUCGUUUUGGGAGAGAAGGCCAAGGCUCAACUUGUGCGUGAUUCCAAGCAAAACAUUGAGUUAUGCAUAACUGAGUUGCAGAAGAAUCCCCUGAACUAUACUCAGGUUUCUGUGCUUGCAGAUGACAUCUUAAAGAAUGUCGAGUAUGACGCAUUGAGGAUUGUUUUCAACAAGUUCCAAUCAGUUGUAUCAUUUGUGCCAACAGCAGCAACUGUAUUAUCUCCCGAGGCUGUGGAGAGAGAAGCUGAAUCUGGGGGAAAACUUGGGGAGUUGGACAAUUAUGAAAUUGAGGGUGGCGAAACGAAGUCAGAAGUACUUCAGAAUCUAACAGAAUUCCAGUUUUCCUGUGUUAUGUUCAAUGCGGUCCUAGAAAAUGCUUGUAGCGAACAAGGAGCUAGAAUGUCUGCAAUGGAUAGCUCAAGCAGAAAUGCUGGAGACAUGCUUGAUCGCCUCACACUCACUUAUAACAGAACCCGUCAAGCAUCUAUUACUACAGAAUUGACAGAGAUUAUUUCUGGAGCAUCAGCACUUGAGGGCUAAUUCAGUAAAGCUGCUGCUGCCCCUCUCGGAUGGCGAUUAAAUAAAUUCUUUUGAACUUUGUAUUGCACUUUUUGGUUACGCCUCGUGGAUUUUCUUGGUUUAUUCAUUAAUAAUCUCUCCAAAUAAUAUUUCUGGGGAAAUAUUGAGUUUAUGAUUUGAAAUUUUUAAAGAAAAUCAUGUUUACUUAUUCCUUUGCUCGGCAUUAUGUUGGUGAUGAUACUCUAUUGAAUAAUUUCUCGGAGCUGUUUCAAUGUUUUAUGGACAUAUUUCAAGAUCCCCAAAUAUAUAAUAUAAGUUUGAAGCA